UUCUGUGUCUUCGUUCUUUUCAACUCUAAAACGUCAAAAAGCUUUUCUCUGCAAUUUCAAAACUUUGGAAAUUCAUCAAUGGCGAUGCCAAUCAAUCGACUAGGGUUUAUAAUCGUAGCUUUUGCAGCUGUAAUGCUUGCAUUAUCUUUACUACCUUCUGCUAUUGCGGAUUCAGAAUCAGCCUUCAUUGUAGCACACAAGAAGGCUACCCUCUCAAAGCUCAGAAAUGGCGUGGAACGUAUUUCUGUUUCUAUCGAUAUCUACAACCAUGGAUCUGUCACUGUAUAUGAUGUAAGCCUUGCUGACAAGAGCUGGCCAAUGGACUCAUUUGAUGUAGUCAGCGGCAACUUUUCAAGAACAUGGGAAAGCCUUGAUGCUGGAGCUAUUGUUUCUCACUCAAUUGAGCUGGAGCCACGAGUGAAAGGCCCAUUUCAGGGUUCCCCAGCUGUGAUUACAUUUCGCAUCCCCAACAUUGCUACACCUGUGGUUGCAUACUCUACUCCUAUUUUUCCGUUAGACAUGCUUGCCGAUACUAUGUCAGAAAGCAAACUUGAAUUGGUAAUGCUUUCUAACAAUACAGUAGUAAUAUCGGACUCUUUAAAACUGUUUUCAUUGCUUAUCUGUAUUAAUACUAGUUGUUAUUUAUCAUUCUAAGUUAUGUGGCUAUUCGUUUUUUUCGGCAUUGUCUAACCUUCGUUUUCGAUGUUUUCUUUUUGAACAAUUUUCUGGUGGUGGUGUGUUGUUGGCAACUUACCUUUUCAGGCCAAGAGACUUGUAGCCCAAUUUGGUCCUCAAUUUUCAGCAGUCUCUCUUGUAGCCUUGUUUGGAUAUAUAAUGGCUACUCCAUCAAAGUCAAAUGCUGCCAAGUCUAACAAGAAGAGGCGAUGAAGUUUAUGUCUAUUGAAACACCAAUAGACUUAACUGUCUCCGCUUUGCGGCUGGCUUCUCUUGGAAUGAGUCUUUGAAUAUACCAAACGCUAACCACGACCGCUUUGCGGCUUUUUGUUUCUCAUUCAGAAUUGAAGCUGCUUGUUGUAUCUGCUUCUCAUGUAAUCAGGAUACUUUUUGUUUCAACCGAACUUCUUUACACAGUUAAGCCGAAUCAAAAACUGCUAGUUUUCUUCCUUUGAA